AUGUUCGGAUUCGGCCGAAAGAAUGAGUUCCCCGUAGAGGGUCGAACGGUGCUGAUCACUGGCGGCUCUGAUGGCAUGGGCCGAGCCAUUGCCCUGGAGCUUGCUGGUAGAGGUGCCCACGUCGUGGUUGUUGCUCGCACUGUCUCCAAACUGCAAAGUACCGUGGACGAGCUCAAGCAUCGGUGUCUCAACUCGCUGAAGCAGCGCUUCUUCUAUAUCAGUGCUGAUCUCACGGAUUCGGCAGAGUGUGAACGUGUCGUUGCUGAAGUCACCGGCUGGAAUGAUGGCUCUGCCCCAGAUAUUGUCUUCUGCUGCGCUGGGUUCUGUCACCCGGGUUUCUUUGUCGAUGUGCCUGUCUCCGUUCAGCGACAGCAGAUGGAUACGGUCUACUGGACUGCCGCUAACAUGGCCCACGCCACUCUUCAGAACUGGCUGGCACCUGUUCCUCCCAGUGGCCAGAUGAAGAACCCCCGGCGACACCUGAUCUUCACUUGUUCUACGUUGGCGUUCACUCCCAUCGCCGGCUAUGGACCCUACUCGCCCGCCAAGGCCGCUAUUCGCUCACUAUCUGACACUCUCAGUCAGGAAAUUGAGAUGUAUAACGGCGCCUAUACUCAGCGACACCGUAACUCAGCCCCGGCGGCGGAUGUCAAGAUUCACACGGUUUUCCCCAUGGGAAUCCUCAGUCCUGGAUUUGACAACGAACAGAAGAUCAAGCCCGAGUUAACCAAGAUGCUUGAGGAGACUGACAAGCCUCAGACCCCUGAGGAAGUUGCCCAGAUCACCCUCAGCGCUCUGGAACGUGGCGAGUACUUGAUAACCACCAUGUUUGUGGGCAACAUCAUGAAGGGCUCCGCUCUCGGGCCCAGCCCUCGCAACGCCAUUGUCGGAGACACUUUACUCAGCUGGCUCAGCAACUUGGUGUUCCUCCAAGUCAUCCCAGACCUUCGUAACAAGGCUUUCAACUGGGGGAAGGCCAAUGGACUUCCUAAUCCUCCCCUUCGUGACCAAACUUUACCUUAG